UUCUCUGCGUGCCUGCUUCCUUUCCGUGCUUGCACCACUCACAAUCAGACGGGUGUGCACUGAGACAGCUGGCGUGGCUGAGACCUCAAUUCUGCCCUGGGAGCAUAGGCAAAUAUGGCCCUGCGAUGGAUGUUUCUCCUGCUCCUCACACCUCUGCUGGCUGCACAAAAUAAUGGUAACCCCUAUGCCAGAAAUCAUGGAAAACCCCAGGAAAGAGGAAGAUGUCCAGCUCCCUCUGACUGGGACCCCAAACUGCAGUUUAAACCGAGGAGGAGCAGCUAUGCCUUGAAUGAAGUGGUGCAGCUCAGCUGUGUAGGGGAACCUGUGCCAUCUGUCCCACGGAUCCAAUGCAUUUCCAGAGGGACCCGGAUUCUGUGGAAUGACACUGCCACCUGCAAAGAGAGAUGCCAGCGGCCCCGGUGGGACUCACAGCUCCAGCUUAGCCCAGACCAGAGUUUUUACUGGGUCGGUGAAGAGGUGACAGUGAGCUGCUUUAUGAACAAUGCUCCUCCCCUUUCUGUGAUCAGAUGUGCAAACAAGCUUUUUCGAAAUUGGAAGGAUGCUUGGGAGGUGAACAUUUGGGGAUCAUGGCAGAGGUUGGCAGAGGACCUGACCUGCCCUAUGGAAAAAUGCCCAAAACCUCAGUGGGAUGAAAGACUUCAGUUUUCAGAAGAUGAAAGUGAAUACCCACAGAACAGAGAACUGACACUGACCUGUCCUGAAGGUCUCGAGCUUUCCUUCCCCGAGGUCAAAUGUACAAAGGAACUUCAGGUGAUAAGUGAUGAAGAAACAGUCUAUGGAGAUGUCUGGUGGGGCAGGAACAGCGCAGGUGCCUGGACACGCAUUGAGGGGGAUGUGCUGUGUAUGGAAAUGUGCCAAAGGCCCCUGUGGGACUCCAGACUCCAGCUGGCACCAGACCAGAAGAAUUACGGGAAGGAUGAGAAAGUGAUGCUGAGCUGCCCUGGAGGUCUCCAGCCAUCCUUCACUGAAAUCAAAUGUCAGAGUCAAUUCCAGGACAACUAUUAUGACCAACCUGUAUACAGGCAAUUUUGGCUUGGAAGAGACUCCAGCGAUUCCUGGGUCGCCAUUCAGUCCCAUGUGGAGUGCAUCGAAAUGUGCCAAAGGCCCCUGUGGGACUCCAGACUCCAGCUGGCACCAGACCAGAAGAAUUACGGGAAGGAUGAGAAAGUGAUGCUGAGCUGCCCUGGAGGUCUCCAGCCAUCCUUCACUGAAAUCAAAUGUCAGAGUCAAUUCCAGGACAACUAUUAUGACCAACCUGUAUACAGGCAAUUUUGGCUUGGAAGAGACUCCAGCGAUUCCUGGGUCGCCAUUCAGUCCCAUGUGGAGUGCAUCGAAAUGUGCCAAAGGCCCCUGUGGGACUCCAGACUCCAGCUGGCACCAGACCAGAAGAAUUACGGGAAGGAUGAGAAAGUGAUGCUGAGCUGCCCUGGAGGUCUCCAGCCAUCCUUCACUGAAAUCAAAUGUCAGAGUCAAUUCCAGGACAACUAUUAUGACCCACCUGUAUACAGACAAUUUUGGCUUGGAAGAGACUCCAGCGAUUCCUGGGUCGCCAUUCAGUCCCAUGUGGAGUGCAUCGAAGUCCUCCAGGUUGUCCCCGGGACCUUUGAGAUUUCCAGCACCAGCAUCAAACUGAACUGGACCUGCAGGUUCCCUGAUGCCUGCCAGGGCAUGAGGGCCAUGUGCCGGCUGGCAGCGCCUUCCUCUCCUCCCUGUGAGGCUGAGGAGGUGAAUGGAGAGCAGAUGUUACAUGGCCAGGCAGGAACAUUCACCUGCUCUCCUUUGCAGCCCUUCACUGAGUAUAGUGUCACCAUCAGCCUGCCCCCCAAUGAAACCCUUUUCUCAUGGUUGUUCAUGACAGAGGAAACAGUGCCGGACAAACCGGAGGAGCUGUGGCUGGAUCCCAACAGGGGCUCUCUCAGGUGGAAGGCGCUGCCCUCCUGCAAAGGGGAGAUCAUCGGAUACCAGCUGAGCAUCACGGCCAGGAACGCCGGGGACAGCGGCGUGCUGGAGAUGGAGCGGCUGCGGCUCAAUGGCUCCGUCACCGAGCACCGGCUGCCGGAGCACAGCCCUGGCCGCAGCUACGCGGUGACGAUCCGGGGACUGACGGCUGCUGGAGCCGGGGCUGCGCUGGCGAGGGAGUUUCCCACCGGCAGCUCGGACACCCCGCACCCCCAGGGCAUCAGCUGCCGCAGCGUCCGCGACAUCGCCCCAUCCCAAGGGACGGCCGUGCUCCCCCUGCGCCCCAUCGCCCGUCCCUCUGAGGCAGCCAGGGAGCACCAGCUGAUCGUGGCCACGACGCACGACGGCUCGGUGACGGAGAGCAUCUGCGCGGGGCAGCCACAGCUCUUCAAUGGCAGCGUCUACCUGGCCGCUCUUCUCAACCUCACCGCCCCCACGGAUUUCGUGCUGGGCGACGGCAGCCGCGGGCAGGGCCACCACAACGCUGCCCUCCGCCCGGGCUGCGACUACACGGCCCUCCUGCGCCUCGUCCGCCUCUCGCCGCAGGCAGAGAAGUUCACCUGUGUCUGCUACAGCUUCUCUGUUGGGCAGGAGCCAUCAUCUCUGCUGGACAGGAAGCCAGUGGUUAUGGCAGUAGCUCUGGCUGUUGGAUGCCUGGCACUGGGGAUUUUGCUGCUCUUUGUGCUCUUCAGGCUGAAGCACAACAGAUCAAAAGCGUCAGAGAACAACAGCACUAUACCCCUGAGAGGAUGUCAAAAAGUCCCUGCAGAUGUACGCAAGCCGAACACACAGAUCCUGGUGGAAGAACUGUUGGAGGCUCUGAAGAUGUUUAAGAGGGAAGAAAUGGAGGCAGAGCAGACAGAUGAUGAAUCAGUUGACAGGCAUGGUGCUGGGCUUCUUAGAGAAUAUCAGCAAUUGUCCUCCACUUUGUUGCACCCCUGCAAUGCUGGGAAGGAGCUAUGUAAUCAAUACAAGAACCGCUACAAGAGCAUUAUCCCAUAUGAUCACUGCCGUGUGGUGCUGCAGCCCUCUGACACUGGGAAUGGCUACAUCAAUGCCAGCUACGUGGAUAGCUACCGAAGUCCACGCUUCUUCAUUGCAGCUCAAGGCCCCUUGGCUGGGACAGUGGUGGAUUUCUGGCAGAUGGUCUGGCAGGAGAAGACCUCAGUCAUUGUGAUGCUGACGGGCUUAGUGGAGCAGAACAAGAUCAAGUGUGAGCAGUACUGGCCAGAGCAGGAGCAGGUCUACGGUGACUUCACUGUGACACUCAACAACACCUGGACCACCACAGGCCUUGUCAAACGCAUCUUCUGCCUGCAAAAGGCAGGCUGUGCUCUCCCAAGAGCGGUGGAGCAGUUUCACUACCUGCUGUGGCCAGACCACGGAGUGCCCAGAAACCCUUCCCAGCUCCUGUACUUGGUGGAGGUGGUGAACAAGAGGGUGUUGGAAGCGCCUGCUGGACCCGUGUUGGUGCACUGCAGUGCAGGGAUCGGGCGCACAGGUACCUUCAUCGCCCUGGACUUCCUCUUGAAGAUGGGAAAGGCUGAGGGGAAGGUGGAUGUGUUUCACUGCGUGCAGCAGCUGCGGGAGCAGCGGGUCAGCAUGGUGCAGACCAAGGAGCAGUACAGCUUCCUUUACGAGGCGCUGCUUGAAGGCUUGCUCUGUGGCAACACCGGGGUCCCAGUGGAGAGCAUCUCCACCCUUGUCCACUCCCUUCGAGAAGAUGAGACCUCAGGCCACAACAGUGUCCUAGAGAAGGAGUUCAAGGCCCUGCAGAGCUUUUCUGAGUUGUUCCAGCUCCUGCCGUGCAGAGAAGCAGAGAAACCCAGAAACCAACCCAAGAACCGCAAGCCAGGGAUCCUGCCAGCGGAUUCCUGCCGGCCCAUCCUGAUGUCCUCGGUGAACGCAGACGGCUCGCCAGCUUACAUCAACGCCGUGUUUGCCAGCACGUACACCGAGGAGGAGAGAAUCAUCAUCACCCAGCUGCCUUUCCCCACCACGCUGGUGGAUUUCUGGGCUCUGGUUUGGGAUUACACCUGCACAUCGGUGGUAGUGCUGAAUCAACUGCAGGAGCUGGACAAGACAUACGUGCUGUUCUGGCCCACCCAGGGCGAAGAUGACUAUGGCCGUUUCCAUGUCCAGCUGAUCUCAGAGGAGCCUGGGGCUGGCUUCACAACCUGGACACUUGUCCUCAGCAAUAGACAGCAGCCCAAGAAAGCUGCAGUGGAAAUCCGGUUACAUCAACUGACAGACUGGCCCAUGCAGCAGCAUCUUCCCCCGCACCCUGACACCAUCAUCAGCUUGCUAGGGAAGGUGGAGACACACCAUCGGCAGAGCCAGGAUGGACAUAUCCUUGUCACCUGCUGGGAUGGAGCCAGCCGGAGUGGGAUCUUCUGUGCUGCUAGUUUCCUGUGUGAGCAGAUCCAGAGUGAGGGGAUGGUGGAUGUAUCCCAGGCUGUGAGGAUGCUGAAGAGGCGGCGGAGACAGUUCAUUAAAGAUGUGGAACAGUAUGGGCUCUGCUAUGAACUAGCCCUCAGUUACCUGAAUUCCUUUGAAACCUAUGGGAAUUUCAAGUAGGGGCAUGACCACAGCCCAUCUCUGGAUGGGACUUUGACUCCCUGGAUAACUCUUCAUCAGUAACAGUGGAAGCAAGAGGAAACAAAAGGGAUGUGCAUGACCCCAAGAUGCUUCACUCCCCUGAAAAACCACCCCAAGGGUCCUCCAUGGCUGGAGAGCACAAUCUGGACUGUCUCGAAAUUGUGGCCAGGCUUUGAAAUGGGAACCUGACCCUUUGCUCAGCACUUGUGCAGGAACUUAUCUGGAAUCACAUCCUGAGUAUGCAGAGCAGAGGCACUAGGGCUUGACCUAUCCUUCCUUGCCAAGGAUGUCGAGCACAGCUGUCUCAUCCAGGUUCCAUUGUCCCCUCAGGUAGCCCCGAAGAAAGUGGGGUAGCACCAACACCCACAUUGUGUUUGGUCAGGGAAGUAUCAAACUGCUGCAAGAUCCAUGGUGCUGAGGAGCACAGGAUAUCUGUCCUACUUUGGGAGAAGCAUGAAGCCCAAAGUCAACAAGACCCAACAGUGGGACAACCCAUGGUUCUGCAGGGCUAAACUGGUGCUUCAAACCCCACACAAUCCCUUCUGGGGGCUUCAUCUUCCAGGUGCUUCUCCAAGUGCCACUGCCCUACCACCUCCAGAGAAACUCUAUCAUCAGCCUGUCUGGCUGCACCAUGGCAAUCCCAGGUUAUAGUGGCUCAGCUUGAAUAUCCUGGAUGUGCUUCAAGCAGUACUCAGAGACAGGAGACCUGAGAACCAGGAGUGACCCCAUGGCUCUCUGUCCUGUGUCUUACCAAUAAAGGCCAUGGUGGUGGUGA